AUAACCGGCAGAUUCCGAGCGCCCUUCCCUUGACCCUGAAACCCCCGACUGGAACCAAAAGAGGCGUUGUGUGACUCGAACACUGCAGGUUGACAAGAGCGUUAAGCGAGAAGUAAUCUUCCAAGGUUACUACUGAAUUGGAAGGGAUUGCGAGCGAACUCACAACCUUACUCACAACCUUUUUUUCCAGAGGACUGGGUGAACUUGAAUCGCCAGACUCCCGUCGGUCAAUUGUUGAUCACUGAUCACAAAUACUAUAUCACCAACACAUCUCGGCUCAAGAGUUUCACAACUUCAGUUCCCCCAAACCCGCCAGAACAAAAACAAACAAAAAGCCAAAUAAAUGGCGAAGCACAUCACCGUCGGCGUCCUCGCCCUCCAAGGCGGCGUCGUCGAGCACAUCAACCUGCUGCGCAAAGCCGCCACGCACAUAAUCUCUUCUUCCCCACCAAACUCUGAGCCUCAACCAGAAGAUCCUCAACCAGAAGAUCCUCAACCAGAAGAUCUUCUACAAUUCACUUUUCCCGAAGUCCGCACCGCGGCACAACUGGCCCAGUGCGACGCGCUGAUCAUUCCCGGCGGCGAGUCGACGACGAUGGCCAUCGUGGCGCGGCGCCUGGGCCUGCUCGACCCGCUGCGCGAGUUCGUCAAGGUCCGGCACAAGCCCGUCUGGGGCACCUGCGCGGGGCUGGUGAUGCUGGCCGAGGAGGUGUCGUCCACGAAGCAGGGCGGCCAGGAGCUGGUCGGCGGCCUGGACGUGCGCGUGCGGCGGAACAAGUUCGGCACGCAGCUGCAGAGCUUCGUCGCCGGGCUGGAGCUUGAUUUUCUGGAGGAGAGGAGGGAGGAGGAGGAGGAGCAGGCGAUGGGGGAGGAGGAGGAGGAGAAGAAGAAGAAGGUGGAGCCUUUCAAGGGUGUGUUUAUUCGUGCGCCUGUCGUGGAGGAGGUUAAUGUCACUGCGAAACGGAAGGGAGGUGAAGAAAUGGGGACGGCGCUGCCUGUUGAGGUGUUGGGCGUGUACCAGCAGGGCCAAGGGAAGGAGGGCAGCAAGGAUGUUGUUGCUGUGAGGCAGGGUAACGUCUUUGGGACGAGUUUCCACCCUGAGCUGACCGAUGAUGCGCGGAUACAUGUCUGGUGGUUGAGGCAGGUUAUGGACACGCUCAGACAUGGGAGUUUGGUGGUCAAUGGUGCUUGAUGGAUGUGGUUAGCGGGUGCUGUACCACCCGUAUCAGCCAUGUUCGUGGCCACGGCUUAGUUAGUUUGGCCUAGUGCCCUACUAGUCGUAGGCCCAAGGCCUUCCCCAAGGACUUUUUCUUUCUUCCGCAGCAGACUGUAUCGCAACAUCCAUGUUUUCCUAUUACUUCCGACAGAGGUUUUUACCCGGCCUAUACGGUACGGUUUUUCCUUUGUACAUAGCAGUAGAGGGUCCGGCGCGCCUUGUAUUUAGCUAGG